ACCACUAUGUACGAUUAAAUAUAAUAUGCAUUUUGCGAUCAUUCUUCUGUGACAGGAACAUUACAAAGGAAAAGUUCCAUGUAUGUAAAUAUAAGUUUCAUAAGAUUUAAAUUGUAAGUUUUACUUGGUAAUAUAGUAUUUAAAGAAAAAUAAUUACAGAUGAUAUAGAGAUGUAAAUAAAGGUUUCUAUAUUAUCUUUCUAAGAUCUAAAAACUGAAUGUGUGGAAAUGAAUCUGUUUAAAAUAUUUGUCUAUUAAAAACGUAAAUAGUUUAAUUAUUAAUUUUUAGAAAGGUAUUAAACCCCGAGCUAUAAUUUAUACAACUUUUAUAGUUCGUCGCGGAAUGGUGUGUAUACAUAUAACAUAUAUAUAUAUAUAUAUUUAACUAUGGUUUUCAAACGUUUAGAAUCUUUUCUUAUUUAAAUAUUUCCUCAACAGACACAUGAUAGACAUGGUAAAACAAACCGAGAAUAACGCGUUAGAUAAAAAGUAAAUUUGCAAGAGCGACGUAGCCUCGUAUUCUAAUGUACGUGUAAAUAUCAUGAAAAUAAUAAUCGACGAGUGGCCAUGAUAUUGAAUAUGACCUCGUUCAAUGAAACGAACUUUUUCAAUGAACGUAACAUAUGUUAUCACCUAGUGGAAUACAAUUGGUUUUCGAUUUCUUAUUUGAAGACGAGCCUUAUCUAGGCAUAAGAAGUUAGAUAAUGUCGCAUGUACGUCGUACUAAUAGAAGGGACACGCGUGCGCGGGAGGGGGCGAGGAGAGAGAGGGAGGAAAGAGAAAGAAAGAAAGAAAGAGAGAGAGAGAGAGAGAGAGAGAGAGAGAAGGGGAGGCAGGUCAGGGCAGGCUGACAGCAAGUCGACGUUCGAUUUCAGUCGAAAGCGAAAAGCCGUCAAGUUCGUGCACGGUCGCCGGACUCCCGGCUUGUUCGCGAGCGUACGCAUGAUUAACGUCUCCGUCGUGUCGUUCUCCGCGCAUCCAAAUGUCAUACGAGUGUUGCGGCGACGGCAAGGUCGCCGGCGACAGUAUUGUCGCCGCCCUCUCGAAGCUCUUCGCUUUCUCGCCGCUCACUUUUUGCCGCGAGAUCCUGAGCUCAAGCGGCAUUCUUCCGUCCUCUUUUUCCUCCUCUACCUCCUCUUCCUCCUCUUCCUCCUCCUCCUUCUUUUCUUCCUUUUCCUCUUCCUCCUCCUCCUUCUUUUCACCCUCUUCUAAUUCUUCUAAUUCUAACUUUACGUCUAACUCGACCUUCUCUAUUCCUUCUUAUUUCUUAUUCAGCAUCGACAAUCUCUUCGUUAUCGUAACGUCCUUGCUUCUUGGCUUCGUCCUUGCCAUCGUCCUCGUUCGUUCUCUUCGUCAUCGUCAUUGUCCUCGUUGUCGUCGCGCUGUCUAGAAAUCAUAGAGUCUAAGCAAACACAGCACCACGGGGUACGACUGAUGGCCUAUCAUCGCCGCCAUUUUUUUAUCCCUUCUCUUUUUUCUUCUCUAUACUAUCCCAUCACCACCAUCUCCCCCACUCCUCUUACUCUUCACCCAUACUCGCUCUUUCGUCAAAACAUGGCGACAAUUAUUUCUAGUCCUCAACGAUGCAGCGCCUCUAGCUUUAACGCUCGUUAGGUGGCGCCACCAACUAACUCUCUUUACCUCAUUGGCUAAUCGUUUACGCACGACUUACCGCGCGAUUCGUAACCUAAACCCGAACUCAUUUUCUAACUUUGUUCUUUUAUUCUUUUUAUAUUUCUUUAUGUUUUAUUUAAGUUCGAUCAUAUUUCUUGUUUUACUCCGUUAAGUUUAGUAUUAGUUAAGAAUAGUAGUAAGGAUUAGUUUAGAUAGAACGAAUAUUAAGAAAUGAUAUUAAUUGUAUUUUAUAUGUAGAUCGAUUUCAUCGUGCGCGCGCUUACAUUCCCGCCAACGUCAUCGUCGAUUAUUUCCUUAUUGGUUAAUUUCCUUCGAAACGUCUUCUUUCAAAUAUGUCCGCGUUUCGAUAAUACGGAGGAGAGAAUCGACGAGAUUGUACGAUCUUAUCAGAUCAAAUUAUGCGAGAAUCACGUAUAAAGUAUCGAGAAAAGGAAGUAAACGAGAGACAAGUUUCUUCCGCUUAGAUCACGAUGAUCUUAAUUAAUACUAAGAAUCGAGAAAAUUGGCCUAUGCAUGUUACUUCGUCGCAACGCCUGCUGCCUUUAAAUCCUCCAGCAAAUUUAUGGUGCGUUCUUUCCUCGUCAAGGACGAGCGAUGUGUGCAUCGUACGUGGGUGUUUCGCACUUGCUUCGAACGAAGAACACAACGAGACACGAAUGUCCGAUCGUUCUACGUAUUUCAGUGUUUCGUAAACGUUUCUGUGUUUUUGAAAGGCGUCGACGAUCAACUCGCACGCUUUCCUCAGCUCGUUCAGAUCAACUCGAUCGAGAAGGUGUCUUAGCAAGAGCAAGAGAAACGAUUACUACGAGAAAGAGGAAAAGGAAGGACGAAGAAAAAGAAGAAAAAGAAAAAGAAGAAGAAGAAGAAGAAAAGGGAAAGAGAAGAAGAAGAAGAACCGAGGACAAUGGCGGGUGAGGACACACAGAUUCUGGCGAAUGGCACCGUCGAGGCUCUCACGAUAAUACCAGCAAAAAUGGCCAAUGGGAACGGCCUUAUCUGUAGCAAACAUAACAACAAUGGCUCGAUACCAAAUGGGAAACUAAAUGAUAUCGGAGCUGCCGAGAAUGGGAAGCUGAUCGUGCCUGACGAAAAAUCGAGCAGCCUUCACACGGAAUUCGAUGACGCUGAUGUUUCCUGUGGUUGGGGUCCAUUAAGACCUCAUUGGUUGCAAUAUUUUGCCACGAAGCAGGCCUUCUUGGCCACUUUUUGCAUUACCUGGGUCCUUCAAGGCAUGUACUACACGUAUUUCGUCUCGGUAAUCACAACGAUCGAGAAGCUCUUCCAAAUCCAAUCGAAAACGACGGGUAUCAUAAUGUCUGCGACUGAGAUCGGCCAGAUCGGUUCGUCCCUUCUCUUAACGUAUUACGGCGGCCAAGGUCACCGGCCUAAGUGGAUCGCCUGGGGCAUGAUCCUCUUUGCCGUGAGCUCCUUCACCUGCUCGAUGCCUCAUUUCAUCUUCGGUGAACAGCUGAUCCAGCAAAACGAGAUGCUUUUCAGCGGCGUCGGACCUGCUGGGGAAUCAGAUGGACCUAACAAUACUGAUCCAGUUCCAGCAAAUCUCUGCAAGUUGCAUGAACGACCAGAGAACAAUACGCUCGAUGAAUGGAUCUUGGGUACAACGGCACCACACGGUGAUUCGAUUGAAUAUUGCGAAGGUGACUUUCUAACAGAGCAGAGGAUACAAAGCAAAAUAACGACGGUAGUCCUGGCAAUAUUUUUUGUCUCUUUGCUCGGUGUUGGAAUGGGUCAAACAGCUGUUUACACUCUCGGCAUACCAUACAUCGACGAUAACGUUACCAGCAAGGAAAGUCCCUUGUAUUUCGCAAUCACAAUUGGUGUUAGGAUUCUGGGACCAGCGUUAGGCUUCAUCCUUGGAUCAUUAUGCACGAUGCUUUACGCGGAUCUAUCCGUAAAUCCACAAAUCACGCCUACUGAUCCAAGAUGGGUCGGUGCAUGGUGGCUUGGUCUUGUGUUGAUAUCCGCGAUGCUGGUGUUGGUCAGCAUAGGAAUGUUCGCCUUUCCUACGCGUUUGCCGAUGAGCAGAACACCGCCGAAACGAGCGGAUGCCAAAAAACCUAGUCUAAGAGAUUUUCCAAAAGCAGUUAAAAGGCUGCUAAAGAAUGACAUCCUGAUGUUCAGGACAGCUAGCAGCGUGCUGCAUAUCCUGCCAAUCGCAGGACUUUACACAUUCUUACCAAAGUACCUCGAGAGCCAAUUUCGCUUGCCAGCUCAUCAUGCUAACAUGAUAUCAGGUGUCGGUGGUAUUCUAGUUAUGGGUCUGGGUAUCAUAAUCAGUGGAGUGUUCAUUCUGAGAGCGAAACCAAACGCUAGGUUCGUUGCAGCUUGGAUAGCUUUCACAGCAGUCGUUUAUGCUAUUGGUAUGGGCGUAUUGAUGUUCAUUGGUUGUCCGAUGGACGAUUUUGCUGGUCUUGUCUCGCACUCCGAUGGAAUCUCGAACUUCGAGCCAACCUGCGAGGCUAGCUGCGACUGCGAUCGGAACAAGUUCAGCCCGAUCUGUGGCGCGGAUGGCAAAACGUACUUCUCCGCGUGUCAUGCUGGCUGCUCGAAUUACACGAUAGCGGACGGGAAAGUGGCAUCGUUUUAUAACUGCCAGUGCAUCGGGCAGAACUUAACGAUGCCGGAAACGACGAGCACAGCGACGAUUGGUUACUGCCAAUUGGAAUGCAGUAACUUUUGGGUCUACAUGAUUCUCUUCUCGGUGUUCGUUUUUAUUCACUCAACGGGUGAGGUUGGUUCCAUGUUACUGAUAUUACGAUGCGUGGAUCCACGGGACAAGGCCAUGGCCCUCGGUCUCAUACAAUUUGCUAUUGGCUUGUUUGGUAACGUACCAUGUCCAAUCGUAUACGGUGCUGUUGUGGACUCAGCGUGUCUUGUGUGGGAAUACGCUUGUGGUGAACGAGGUGCCUGUUGGCUCUACGACUCAAAUGUCUUCAGGAUGUUUUAUCACGGCACGACGGGUGGAAUCCUUGUGAUGGCCUUCAUCGUGGACAUAGUUGUGUGGUACAAAGCCGGUAGUAUAAGUUUCGUUGAGGAACAGGAAUGUGAAGAUGGUACAGCCGAAGAAAUGGCCACUUUAAAGUCUCAGGACGCGCAAAACGUCGAUAAUGAUUAUCUGUGAAGGAUAUACAUACAUAUAUAUAUAUAUAUAUAUAUAUAUAUAUAUAUAUAUACAUAUAUAUAUAUAUAAAAAGACCCACACACGAUAUAUAUAUAUACACAUAUAUAUGGGUAAACAUAUGUAUAUAGUCUCGAAACGAUGUAUAUAGAGGGGUACAUAAGGCGUUCUAGUGUGAAAGGUGUUCAACCCUUUAAACACGAACGAAGUCGGUGUGUGAUCGAGGUGAAUUCGCGGCUGUCGUCCUUCGAGCUGUCCUACUUGACAACGGAUUAUUCUAGUCUUUCAUCGAAAAGGACGAGUCAGCGACAAAAGAAAGAGAAUACCUCAAAUUCUCUUUCUGAAGAAGAAGAAGAAGAAGAAGAAGAAGAAGAAAAAGAAGAAAAAAUCCUCUCCGAGAUGAACCGGCCAACGAUUCUCGACCAACGAUUCUAAAAAUCUUCCUUUAUCUUCUUUUCUUUUUUUUUUCUUUUUUUUUAUGUAAAAAAAAAGGAGAACGAAUCUAACAAACGGAAAAGUGUUACGUAGAUUGUGAAGAUGAUUAUCCUGCGAUUUUCUAUCUUCUCUUAUCAAAAAAUAUAUAUCUUUGAAGAAAGAAAGAAAAAGAGACUGAGUCUCGAUGAACGAGGAAACGUACAUAGUAUGUACGCAUAUACAUUACAAUUAACUUACGCAGGAUAUAUUAAAAGAACGAUGGAAUAGAGAAGACGACGAGCGCAGCGAACGACCACGUGCCAAUAUAUUAUGUUGUUUUAUAUCUCCCACGUUUUUUAAAAAAAAACGUCGGUACAUGAACACACGUUGUUUUAUCAACGAUAUUUUUCAUGAUUUGCAUUUUACAACUCUCGUUUAGUACUUUUGAAACAAAACAAAAAAUUUAAUUAAAUUAAUCCUUUGCAUUUCAUAGACACCGCUAUGUCGACGUCCAUAAUAUGAAGUAAAAUUCAUUUUUACUUCAAACCAACCAAAUAAAUUUUUUCUUUUAUCUUUUACUUGAUAAAAGAUAAUAUUCUUUAAUUUUCUUCGCUGGUACUCCGAAAAAGUGUUACGAACUUGUUGGUUAAUUAUAUAUUUAACAAUUGACUUUAGUGCAAAGGAUUAAAUUAAAUUAUAUUAAAACUGCCGAACUUAUCCUCGCAGAUUGACGCAUACAAUAUAUUAAUCGAUAUAUUUACAUUUUAUCGACAUUUUAUGCUUCCGCUAAGUAUCAACGGAAAUUAUUAACAGACUGACGGACGUUAAGAAACGUUCGCGAAACGAAACACGGCCUAAUUGAGAAAAAAAAAAUCUCGUAAGAUUCUCUCCUCCACCGUUUUACCCCUCUCGCUUCGGGUGAAGAAAAAAUUAAAUAUAUAAAUAUAUAUAUAUAUAUAUAUAUAUAUAUAUAUAUAUAUAUAUGUUUAAAACAAUAAAAUUAAAAUGUGCCGAUAAUCGUAAAUCCAAUAGAAUCCUCGAAGAAAAAGAUUGAUAAUAUAUGUAUACAUAUAUGUACUAUAUACGCAAUGAGUGGCAUAUUGAUAAAUCGUGUAGCGAGCUGAUAGGACGUAUCCUAUAUGUGUAUGUUCCUCCUUUGUGUAUUUGUAUAUAUGUAUAUGUAUAUAUUUUUAUGUAUAUACGUAUGUAUGUAUAUAUACAUAUAUAUAUAUAUAUAUAUAUAUAUAUAUAUAUAUAUAUAUCUCAUUUCGUUCCAAAGUUCCAAUGCAUAUAAAUGCCCUCUGAAUAUUGAAACGUAUGUGUACAUAUGUAUAUGUAUAUGUGAAAGCCGUACGUGUAUAUUUUUUUCUUUUUUUUAAUUAUUAUUAUUUUUCUUAAAUAAUAUAAUAACGUCGCGAUAUCGAGGGCAAUCUUUUAAGCUCAAUCUAAUUAGUUCCUGGUACGAAAUCGAAAGGAUUAUUUAAAAAAGCUCGUAAAAAUUAAUUGGCGCUCCAUGUAUCGUCGAUUAAUGCGCGUCAUCUAUCUCGUACCCGAAAAGAUCUAAUUAUUAAUUAAUCAUAUUGCAGGUGUAUGUACAAAAUAAUAAUACUUUCGUACAUACAUAGAUACGUACGUAUGUAGAGUGAAAUUUGUUUCAUUCAUAGGACAAUCCACUAAAAAAUUAAGAAAGAAAAAAUUUCAAUCGAAUGCGAUAGACGUCAUUUGCGAAAGCGAAAAUUUACAAACAAACAAAAAUAUAUACAUAUAUAUAUAUAUAUUUGCGUAUGUGUAUAUAUAUAUAUACACAAACACACACUAAGUUAAGUCUCUAACUUUUUGCAAGUCGUAUACACAUCACACAUAUACACUCCAUAUAUUGAUAUACCAGAAGAAAUAAACAUCACACAAAUUACGUAUCACAAAGUAUUAACUUACGAAAAUGAAAAUAAACGGAGUCUCGGGUACGAUUGCAUCCAGCUUCUCCAUUUUGCAUUUUAUUCGCGUAUGGAAAGGAAAUGAAAAACAAAAAGAAAAAUAAAAAAAAAAUAUUUAGCAUUAUUCUCGACGAGUAUAUUCACAUCACAAAUAUUUUAUUACAUAAUUAAUUCCAUCGCGUAUGGUAAGAAAAUAAAUAAAAAAAAAAGAAAAGAAAAAAAAGAAACGAAAAUGCUUAACAUUGUUCUCACGACAAACAUAUUCACACAUCACAAAAAUAUUUUAUUACAUAACUAACACACUCCAAAGUAUAUAAUAUAUUUAAUGCUAACGGAGAAGCGACGCGAUUAAACUCGAGUCAUUAACCGUCCGCACUCUUAAUCGAAUAUUGUAAUAAUCGUGUUGUACUAUAUGUUCGUGUGUACAUAGACAUUCCGUGUUUAGAUAUCUUCUACAAAACAAUUAAAGAAUGAUCGUGGAUCGAAUAAUCUGCGAUCGUUGCGGCCGGUGGAACAUUUUAUUAUUAUUACUUUUUCUCUUUUUUUUUUAAUAAUUUUUGUUCUUAUAAAAUAUAAAAAAUCUCGACGCAGGAGAUUAGAGCAGAAGGACGAGAAGAAAGAAAGAAAAAGAAAAAGAAGAAAAAAGAAACAAAUAUAUAUAUAUAUCAUAUAUAUAUAUAUAUAUAUAUAUAUAUAUAUAUAUCUGCGACACAUAUUUUUAGACGAUUUGAAAGAAAAAUGAGACAAAAUGAAAAGAAGAAAGAAAGAAGGAAAAAAGUAAAUCGUUGAUUCGUUAUUACGGUGAUUAGCCUAACAUUAGAAGAAGAAAGCAUAAAAAAAAAAUAAAAAUAAGCGAGGAAUACACGGGUAAUUGAUUGCCCGUGACAAAAGAAGAAAGAAAACAUUUCAUGAGAAUUACAAGAAGCUGUAUUUUAAUAUCGUACAAUUUUACACGCGCGAAAGAAAAUACAUCACGGCGAAACGAACGUCGUCGAUUUUUGAUUCUCGAAAGGAAGAUAGAAACAUUAAAUAGGAAUGGGUAGAAAAAAAAAACGAAAAGGAAAAAGAAAAAGAAAAUGGACUCUGCUGAACGGUGUACCGUUGAAUUAUUAAUUAACACAUUGUUGACUGACUAUUAUAUGCAAAAAGUAAUGUUUCACAUCUGGCUAUAUUUUCAUAAUUGAAUUAAAAUCAUUAUUAAAAUAUUAAUAACUCAAGAAAAUUGAUAUCAAUAUUAAAUAAAUACCAGACAAUACAAUAAACAAUACUACAUGUUAGGUCAAACGUGUUCUAAAUUAUUUAAAAAAUUAAUUACUCUUUUUCGAAAGGUGUUUCAGGCAAACUUUUUUUCCAAAUUACAAAACUACGAGCCUAGCUUGUAAAACUACAAGCCUAACUGCAAACCUAAGAAGUCUCGAAAAUAAGUAAUUGAUUUUUUAAAAUCAUUUAGAAACUUUUUUGACCGAUCUAGGAAUCGUUGAUUAAUCAUUGUAUAACAACGACUUAAAUAUUAAAUUUAAUAUUUUAAUAAUUAAAUAAAUUAUGCGUGACCAAUGCAAACGCGAGCAUAUAAUAUUUGUGAGAAAGGUCAACGAUGUGUUGAAAGAAAAGUUUCUGCGGCAUUCGAAAGAGCGCGCCAUUGCUGCGCGCGCAUGAAACCGGGAAUUUCAUAUAUUUUUGGAAAAUUUUAGUUCUUCGAAAGGAAAGUAAAGUUUGAUUAAAAAAAAAAGGAGAUACAUAAUAUAUAUACGUAUGUAUAUAUAUAUGUAUGUAUGUAUGUAUGUAUGUAUGUAUGUAUGUAUGUAUGUAUGUAUGUAUGUAUGGAUGGAUGGAUGGAUGGAUGGAUGGAUGGAUGGAUGGAUGGAUGGAUGGAUGGAUGGAUGGAUGGAUGGAUGGAUGGAUGGAUGGAUGGAUGGAUGGAUGGAUGGAUGGAUGGAUGGAUGGAUGGAUGGAUGGAUGGAUGGAUGGAUGGAUGGAUGGAUGGAUGGAUGGAUGGAUGGAUGAAUGGAUGAAUGGAUGGAUGGAUGGAUGAAAUGAUAGAUGGAUGUAUGUGUGUAUGUAUGUAUGUAUGCAUGUGUAUGUGUGUGUGUGUAUGUAUGUAGUAUGUACUUGCCCCGAUCUUGCCGAUUAGUCUGACAAUCUGCGAAGAAAACAAAAAAAAAAAUCUCGAUCUAAAAGGAAGGAUCCCAAAUUAUUUUUUUAAUAUUCAAAUCUAUUUUUAAGCGAUAUUCGCGUACGAGAUCGCAUAUUUUCGAACAUGUUCAGCAAUCUACGGGGCAUAUUCCGAACGAUGAUACAUUGCAAUGAUAAAAUGGGGCGUUUUGUUUUAAGGGUUUAUAAGAUUGAUACUGUUGUUUUCGUAAGGGAUCAAAGGAAAUAUAUACAUAUAUAUAAAACAAAAAAACGUAAAAUUUUCCUAUAUAUCUUUGUGAUGAUUGAUUAUUUUAAAACUUAAAAAAAAAAAGAGGACAAGACAAGAAAGAAUAUAAAGCGUAAGAAAAGAAAUUACGAAGUGUAAAAAACAAGAAUGCAAAAAAAUACUUGAUCAUUCCGUUGAUCUUCUUACUUUUUUUACUUCUGCAAAUUCUAAUGAACCCUUAAAACGAUACCAAGAAAAAAUAAUAUUGCGAUAAAAAGAAAUACAGCAGUGUGUGUGAGAAACUAUCUUCCUCGAGAGAAUCGUAUUUUUUUAUCCCGAAAAGUAAAGCCAAUCUAUAUCGCCGUUUAAAAAGGAUAUUACAUGUGUAUGUAGUAAAAACGGCACGAGCGUGUAUUUAAUAAAAUCGAGUAGUACUUUCGAAGCUCCUCGAUAUUUUUCUGAAGAUCAAAGUCGCUUCUUGAAGGGUAGAGGGAGGAGAAAAAAUUAAUAUGAAAUAUAUACAUAAAUAUAUAAGAGAUAUAAUAAUGAAUGAACGUCAUUUUGCGGGGAUAUAAUUUUUAAGUAUAAGCAACAUACUCGCUAAAGACAAAAAAAAAUAAAAAUAAUAAAUCGCAUUGUGUAAAUAAAAUUCCAUACCGUAGGAUAACGUCUAAGAGGGGGUGGCACAAUACAGGUUGAGAAUUCAAAUUAAAUGAUCGAGAAAUAAGAAACACGAUUUUUUUCCGCGCUUUCCAAUGAUGAUUACGACCUAUGUAAAAAUGAUUUCUAUGUCAGUGAUGAUCCUGUAUAAAUAAUUCACGCCCCUCCGUUAUUAAAUAACAAAAUCAUAUUUCCGAAAAUAAUUAUUCGCAAAGAUCCGACUAACGAAACCGGCCGAUAUCGACCGACAAACGACGAGUGAUUCACGAGAGAAACCUUCGAUAAUCGAAAGUAAUUGUCAUAAAAAUACAGAAAAUACUGCCCUUUCGAAAACUGCCAUUUUUAUCUUUCAAUUUCAUUGUUUCUUGACAAUAGCAGGAAUAAUAGAAAGAAACAAACUUAUCUACACUGCCAGAUCAAAAUGAUAUUGUUCGCAUUAUUUAUAUUAAGACGAUUUGAAAAAUUCGCAACUUUUUUAUUCUUUUUUUAAAGUAUGAAUUUCAUUCUUAAAGUAAAAAAAAAAGGUCUCGAAUUUUUCAAAUGACAAUCGUACCUAUGCAUCUACAAACACACAUACACACACGUUUUUGCAUUGGCAAAAGGCGCACAAUUUUAAAAGCUUCCAAUAAUCGAAUAUGCAUUUCGAUCCAAUCGAAGGUUUCGUACUACUUAUUAUCAAUUGUAUUUAAUGAAAAAGAAAAAUGUCACGAAAAUAAAUUCUAAGCACAACCGCGUCGUUUUCGCUUUCGAGAACGCGUCGAAUUUGUUCAAAUUUCGCGCGCAUAAUAAAGCGGGCUUCGUGUGUACGUACUCGUAUGUAUGUGAAUGUGAUGUGUGAGGUGUGCGUAUAUAUGCGUAUGACAGAGAGAUAGGGAGAGAGAGAGAGAGAGAGAGAGAGAAAGAGAGAAAGAGAGAGAGAGAGAGAGAAGGGAUUAUCAUCUACUUCACACAAUUCCACACAUUUUAGUUUUUUGUAAAAAGAAUUAAUCGAUGAUAUUAUUCUAUAGAAUAAUCAUCUGCCUAUGCGAUUCUGCUGAAGGUCUUUUUUUUACCUAAUUAUCAAUUAGUACAUAUACUUCGAAGGAUAUUUUAAUCGCUAGUCUCUAGUUACUAAAAUAUUAAUGAAAUUGAAACAAGCGAAUAAAAAAAAAGAAAAAAGAAGAAGAAAAAGGAAAUGACGAGCAAUUAAAGUGGAAAGAAAAAUUUACAAGUUUUUAUCGUAUAUACAUAUACAAAUUUUUACUAUUAAUUAUUGCUAUUAUUUGUUAUAUCAUUAUACAUAAUUAUUAUAUUAAUUAUUACUAUUAUUACUAUUACUAUUUUUAUUGUAAUUAUUAUUAUUAUUAUUAUUAUUAUUAUUAUUAUUAUUAUUAUUAUUAUUAUUAUUAUUAUUAUUAUUUUAUUAUCACACGUCAUGACAUCAUAACUAUCAUCACCAUUAUCAUCAUCAUCACAGUCAUCACCAUAAUCAUCAUAAUUGUCACCAUUGAAAUCAUUAUCAUUAUCAUGAAAUCAUUGUCAUUUCUAAUGUCAUAAUAUCUGCCCUUAUUAUUAUUACCACCGCUGUCUCUAUUAGUACUAUUAACAUAAUAUUAUUGUUACAAAUCGGUAUAAUAUAUCGAUUUAAUAUGAGUUAUUAAAUAAUAAUAGGGCCAGUCAAUUAUUGUUCACAACGAAGAAAUUUAGGUAUAUUAACAAUAUUUUGUUCUUCUAUUUAAUUGGACUUCGCGAACACGCAUAAUAUUAUCUGUUAUCACUCUGUUAUCACUCUCUCCCCGAUCACAAAAAAGUUUAAUUAAUGAAAAGUUGUAUCUAUCUGUUUCUUGGGGGAUACAAUAGGAACAGAAAUUUUUAUUUUGUACAAAUAUCGUUGAUCCUGUAUACACAAUUGCAAAUGUUUUUAUUAUUCCUCUAUAUUUUUAAUUAUUAUUUUUUUUCUGUCUCUCUCUCUCUCUCUCUCUCUCUCUCUCUCUCUCUUUCUUUCUCUCUUCCUAUCUCUCUCUCUCUCUCUCUCUCUCUCUCUCUAUCUAUCUAUCUAUCUAUCUAUCUAUCUAUCUAUCUAUCUAUCUAUCUAUCUAUCUAUCUAUCUAUCUAUCUAUCUAUCUAUCUAUCUAUCUAUCUAUCUGUCUGUCUAUCUAUCUAUCUAUCUAUUUAUCUAUCUAUUUUUCCAUUUUUCUUUUCUUCUCUUUCUAUCUCUCUUUCUCCGUCUUUUCUUCCUAAAAUAUUUUUGUUUUACUGUUACGUGCAUUUAUUGUCCGAAGACUGUAAAUAUUUGAAAAAAUGAAGCGUUCGAUAUUACCUCGAUCCUGAGAUUCCCGAAAAAAUCCUGAUAUUUAAGUGCCUAAAAAAAAAAGAAAAAAAGAAAGAAAGAAACCAAGAAAUACAUGUGUCCGUUUUAACCACCGUCAUUAUACAUACAUAUAUAGUAAUUUUCAUAGUUAGAAGUCGAACGAGAUACCGAUUCGCUCAUCAUGACUAAAAUUUACAAAAUAAAUCAUUUUAUUUUUUGUCCAAAUUUUUUGAUCAAAUAAAUUAAUUUAAAAAAAUUUUUAAUAUUUCAUCCUAUUCAUCUAUUUAUAUAUAUAUAUAUAUAUAUAUAUAUAUAUAUAUAUAUAUAUAUAUACACAUAUAUAUGUAUAUAUAUCAUCAAAAGGAUCAUUCUCAUUCGAAGUUCAGAUGAUUCGGUAAUUCGUUUGAAACUUCUCUAACCGAUCAGUCAGAUCAGCAAUAGAAAAUCGUUCUAAACAUUCUGCAGAUCUCAGCGCUCCAACGAAACGAACAAAAAUAUUAUAUAUUAUAUAUAUAUAAUACACACACACAGACAUACAUAUAUACACAUACAUACACACAUGUAUCAAUUAUUUUUUAUUCGCUCAUAAUAAGAAUUUAUUCGUUUUCGUGGAGUGCGCCUAAAUAGUAUGUGCGUAUGUAUAUGUGUGCGUAUGCUUGUAUGUAUGUAUGCGUGUAUGCUUGCAUGUGUGCGUGCGUGUGUAUGUGUACAUGAGAAAACGUAUGUAUAAAAGAAAAUAAUUAUAAAUAAGUAAAUAUAUAUAAGUUAAUAAGCAUUAUAUAUAUAUGUGUGUGUAUAUAUAUGUGUAUAUAUAUAUAUAUGUAUAUGUAUAUAUACACACACAAAAUGCAUGUACGUGUGUAUAUUAAUUAAUUAUAAUGAUUUACGUACGACGGAAUCUCGGGUUCGUGAUGAAACGUAUAAAUCUUCUCAUCGAUGAAAAUAAUACAGAUAAAGUAAAAAGGAAAGAAAAGAGGAAAGCUAAAUAAAAAAGAAAAAAUCGUUUUUCGUCGGUCAAUAUUUGUUCGGUUUCGAAAAGAAAUAAGUAUUCAUUUUUGAAAUCAAGCGAUGAUGACUGUAACAUAGAACACAGAUCCGAAAAAAGAUAAAAUAAAAAUAAAAGUAAAAAUUAAUCCUCGGAUUAUCUUCCAGUGUAGAGAGUUGGGACAAAGGGAUGAAAGAAUGAAAAAGGUGAUGGGAGGAAAUGGUAAUGGAAUGGCUGCUUCUUCGAAAUUUACGUAUAAUUUAUUUUUUUGAGAAAAAUCGUCGGAAGUUGCGGCGACCUUUGCUAAUCCGAGGGUUAAUUAAUCGAUUUAAGAAGAAAAAUAUGCUAAAAAGACAAAAAUGCGCGAACGUAUUUUGCAAUUAUACUAUCAUUAUUAUUGUUUGUAAUUAUGAUUACUAUCGAAUUUGUUUUUAAUAAACGGCAGGUGCCAUGAUUACACAAAAAA